GCUAGUCUUUUUGGCCGCAUUGAGCUUCCGUACAGCACGAAUUGGUUUCCAUAGAGACCAGCUAUGGUGGAGGCGAAUGGAGAGCGCAGCUAGCUGAGAAACGACGACGACAGAGGAGGAACCCGUGCCGUGCCGUGCCGUGCCCGCAGGUCAACAUGUCCUUCAGAGAUUUAAGAAAUUUCACAGAAAUGAUGAGGGCCCUGGGUUAUCCCCGGCUGAUAUCUAUGGAGAACUUCAGAACACCAAACUUCACUUUAGUGGCAGAGAUCCUCAUAUGGCUUGUAAAGAGAUAUGAGCCUCAGAUGGAUAUUCCCACUGAUGUAGAUACAGAGUCAGACAGAAUAUUCUUCAUCAAGGCCGUGGCUCAAUUUAUGGCAACUAAAGCUCACAUCAAGCUGAACACCAAGCGUCUUUACCAGGCUGACGGCUACGCAGUAAAAGAGAUGCUAAAGAUCACCACAGUGCUGUACAGUGCAAUGAAAACCAAACAGAUGGCUCUGGGAGACCGAAAUGAGGAGGGCAACAGCAAGUUCAAGUUCGAUCUCAGCUCACGGAUUUCAGAUCUUAAAACAGCUCGGCAGCUGGCAUCUGAGGUCACAUCUAAAGGAGCGUCUCUGUAUGAUUUACUGGGAAAAGAAGUGGACCUAAGGGAAAUGAGAACCGCAGCCAUCGCCAGACCUCUGGAGAUCAACGAGACUGAAAAGGCCUUGAGAGCUGCCAUCAAGGAGGUUUUGGAAAGUGUGGAGAAGACCAAAGACAUGCUGGGUAACGUUGUUUCUGAUGAAACCAGUCUGGACAAUAAAAUCGAAAAGAAGAAGCAGGAGCUGGAGAGGAAUCGGAAGAGGCUCCAAACACUGCAGAGUGUCAGGCCAGCUUUCAUGGAUGAAUAUGAGAAGAUUGAGGAAGAUCUGCAGAAGCAAUAUGACGUCUUUGUGGAGAAGUUCAGAAACCUUUGCUUUCUGGAGUCUCAGCUGGAUGAAUACCAUAGACUGGAGCAGGAGAGGUUUGAGGAGGCUGAAAACACACUGAGGAUGAUGCAGCACAAACUGAGGGAGGAGGAGAGGGAUCUGAUGAGGAGUUCCUUGAAAGAUGAGGAUUCAGACAUGGACGUUCCAGAAGACGAAGGCUCAGACAGCGACAUGGAAGAGUGCCGACCUUCUAAGCCACGGCCUACACGAAACGGCCUCAUGGCAGGAAGAGGAGCUCGAUUCAUCGGGAAUAUGCAGGGUGGUGAUAGCGAUGAGAGUGAAGACAGCGAGAUCGACGUGGAUGAAGACGACGAGGAAGACGAGGAAGGCGAGGAGGAGGAGAGCAAAGACUUAGAGGAUGACAGUCUGGAGGGCCCCGUAUCCAGGGGUGCUCGUCCCCCCAGAGGCGGCAUGAGACCAGCUCUGCUGGAAGAGAGCGACAAUGACUUCUGAAUGAAGAACACACAUAAAAUGAUUUCCAGCUCCGAUUAGACCGGCUCAUUAAACCAUGUUGGGUUUUUUUUCAAGAUAAAGCAUCAACAUAGUUUCUAUUUUUGAAUAUUUCUGUUAACCUGAAUAAAAUAUAUAAU